ACCAUAUAUAUAAAUACCAAUCUCAUUGAAUUCUCAAACCAUGCUUAGAAAAGUGUCAUAAUUUCUUUGAACACACCAAAUUUUUACCAACAAACAACUCCUAUUUAUCCUAUCCUCCUUUUAACACAUCAUUAUUUUCGUAACAUCAUAAAUUUUGUAAAGAAUGGCAGGGAACUCUAGUUAUGAGACGUCGUGGGCGGAUCAAUGGGAUCCGCAACCAGCUUAUGGUAGCCACGAGUACGAUGGAAAAACGACUAAGAAGAAGAACAACAACAACGACGGAUCAGGAGGAGCAAAGAAGAAGGUCGAAGAAGGGCUUAAUAAGACUAAGGAAGUUGCUUCAACGGGUUUUAAGAAGGUCAAGCAGGGUACUUCAAUGGGUUUCAAUUGGAUCAAAGACAAGUACCAAAAAUCUACCCAAAAACAUUGAUUAUAAAUUACGUAUGUUACAACUUACUUUCAUGUAAUUAUAUGAUCUUAAUCAUCGUCUUGAUUAUUCACAUGUAUCUAUACCUUUAUUCUAUUCGAUUUGUUUGAUCAAGUUUUGUGUAAUUUGAGAUUCCUUGACUCGUCU